AGCUCUGCUGUUCCGUGGGCUGAUCAGCAGCGAGCGGAGCAGCUCCACUUCUCCGAGCUUUCACGCGUCGCACGGGUCUCCGCUCAGACGCGGCAGCAGCGUUGCCGUCAAUUGUGAUUUGAGUUUUAUUGGCUGGGAUUGAAUUUAUACCGGCGGAGUCCGCGCUCUUGUUCGGAACUGCGACUUGCUGCCGGGGGAGAUCUGCUUUUACGCACUUGUUGGCUUUUCGUCUCCCCCACGCUCGCAGACGCCCCGAGUGUGUUUGCGGAGAGCAGGGGGCUGACAAAAGGCUUUUUUUUCAGCCGAGGGGAUAAAUGUAGCGGAGAAGUGCCGACACACGGCGGGUGAGGGGGAGCUGGUUCCGUGUCGAAGCGGCGGCGUUGGAUUUGUGUGAGACAUUCUGCGAUGAGGAAGACGUACUUUAAAAGACGCACCAGCACAACCCGCACCGAGGUCAGCGCUAUGCCUCUCCUCGGCCGCACUUUAUAACAAGGAAGAUCUGUGUGCACUGUAAGUGUCGUCGUGAGGAGCAUGCAGUAACAGCCAUGCCCGUCGAGAUGGAGAAGACGGUCACCAAGCUGAUGUACGACUUCCAGAGGAACUCUACCUCCGAUGACGACUCUGGCUGUGCACUGGAGGAGUACGCCUGGGUACCGCCAGGACUCAAGCCUGAACAGGUUCAUCAGUACUACAGCUCGCUGCCCGAGGACAAGGUGCCCUACGUGAACAGCCCAGGAGAAAAAUAUCGCAUCAAACAGCUGCUCCACCAGCUUCCACCCCACGACAAUGAGGUACGUUACUGCAACAGUCUGGACGACGAGGAAAAGCGCGAGCUGAAGCUCUUCAGUAACCAACGCAAACGUGAGAACCUGGGUCGUGGCAGCGUGCGUCCGUUCCCCGUGACCAUGACUGGGGCCAUUUGUGAGCAGUGCGGCGGCCAGAUAAACGGCGGCGACAUCGCCGUGUUCGCGUCGCGGGCGGGACACGGCAUGUGCUGGCAUCCGGCCUGCUUCGCGUGCAGCAUGUGCAGCGAGCUCCUGGUGGACCUCAUCUACUUUUACCAGGAGGGAAAGAUCUACUGCGGACGGCACCACGCCGAGAGGCUGAAGCCGCGCUGCACUGCCUGCGACGAGAUCAUCUUCGCGGACGAGUGCACCGAGGCGGAGGGGCGACACUGGCACAUGAGGCACUUCUGCUGUUUCGAGUGCGAGACGGUGCUGGGGGGCCAGCGCUACAUUAUGAAGGAGGGACGGCCCUACUGCUGCUCCUGCUUCGAGUCCCUCUACGCAGAGUACUGCGACUCCUGCGGGGAACACAUUGGAAUUGAUCAAGGCCAGAUGACCUAUGACGGGCAGCACUGGCAUGCCACCGAGGGAUGCUUCUGCUGCGCCCGCUGCAAACGCUCUCUUCUGGGUCGGCCCUUUCUGCCCAAGCACGGCCAAAUAUUUUGCUCACGCUCCUGCAGCCUGGGGGAGGAACCUAAUGGUUCAGACUCCUCUGACUCUGCCUUUCAAAGUGCUCGUUCCACAAGAGAGUCCAGACGCAGCUCCAAGACAGGGAAAAAUGGAGGUGGAGGAGGAGGACAAGCGGAGAGGUUUUCAGGCGAGGUGGACCCACUUUCUCUGCAGAUGGAUCUCCUGAGUCUCUCCAGCCAAACACCUAGUUUGACCCGUGAACCCUCGGCCUGGCAGAACCAGGAGCAGGCGGGCGAUGACUUUGAUUAUGAAUCUCAAUCGGUUUCGAGUCCCAACCCGACCCCGCUGCAGCUCCUGAGCCAGUGCAAUAUCAGAACUUCAUAUAACCCCGGCUACGCCGCACAGAGCGGUCAGCAGCAGGAUCACAGGGUGAAGGAGAACGGAGCUCUAAAAAGGCCCCCCAUCUCAGCCAUGAAGGGCCACUCGCUGAACGAGGCAUGGUUCCAGCCGCCGGCUCCCGAGGAGUACUACCCGCCCAAACUGAGGAAGAGCUUCACCGAGGUUUCCCAUUGUUCUCAGCACCACAACGGCUUCUCCCCUGAGAAGCGCUCCAUCAGCCUCCAUGGCUUUCAGAGGGACAGAGAGAGAGACACGGGGCCUUCAUCAGCAACCCAGGUGGCAAGAAGCAGGAACCCCAUCAAUGCACUUAGCUUCACAGAGCAACUGACCCCUCUAGAGCAGACCCCAAGAGGCUCCAUGGAGUCCCUGGCUCUGUCCAAUGCCACAGGUAACUCAGCAGAUGGACAAGGGAAGCGUCAAGAGCACCUUUCUCGUUUCUCCAUGCCGGACCUGAGCAAAGACUCUGGGAUGAAUGUGUCAGAGAAAAGCAACAUGGACACCCUCAACUCUUCAGUACAGUUUCGAAGCUCGGAGUCCAUUCACAGCCUUACAGCCAGUCAGCCCUACAUGGAAAUGGACCCGCCGCGGUCCUCCCAGUACAAACUGCAGUACUCUGACCCUGGUGUGAGCGUCACUCAUUUACCGCCUGGCUUCACCUUUCAGGAGGAGGACAGGGUUAGUUUAGUGAGCAGCGCCAACGCCUCCCGCCUGCCGCCCAUCAGCGAGCGCAGGGUGAGUGGCGUUGGCAGCAGAGGCAGUGGCGGCAGGGGAGCUGGCGUUCGGAUGGACACCCCUGAGGUGACUCCGCAGAGGCGCCGGCAUCACCACCACCGCUCCAGGAGGUCCCGACGUUCCCGCUCAGAAAACGCUCUCCACCUAGUGGCCGAGCAAAGGGCGAGGCCCCAAGAUAGACCCCAGCUGUGCGUCCGGGAGGAUUACGACCGCUUCCCGCCACCGAGGAGCGCGAGGGAACAAUUUGGAAUGGGAGGAGGGGGAAGAUACCAGCCCCAGUUCUUUAGACAGUGCCCCAGGACCACCUCAGACCUGACGCUACAGAACCCAGGCAGCAGCCGGCGCACUGGCCUGAACCAGUACUCGUGGGACGAUUACGACGAUGACUGGUGUUCAACCUGCUCCUCAUCCUCAGAGUCUGAGGACGAGGGCUACUUUCUGGGUGAGCCCAUUCCCAGACCGAUCCAGCUGCGCUACCUCAACAGCCAGGAGCUCGUCCACAAGUACAACACGGGAAUGGGAGGACCCAGCCACAGCGCACAGUUACACACCCGCAAACGCCGGAAAAGCAAGAAUUGCAUUAUCUCCUAAAAUCCACAUUUGGCUCAAUAAAAAGUCCAAGUUUUGCAGGUUAACAUUCUCCACCUGGAACAAAACACCUAAACAAACUCAGUUCAUUUAUUCAGUGUUGUUGAGUGUUGGAUAUCAUGUAAUUGACAGUCAGUGAUGAAUUGCAAUUGGUAAACAGUGACAAAGCGCCAGUGUUUGCAUGUUUGUUCAUUUUAAUGUUUUUGAAGUAUCUCCUGAGUAUCGAGGCUCACUGCUACAAACGUGCAGUCCUAAAAGUUAUCCAGAGCAGGCGUGCAGUAAUUCUUAUCACUACUUAGAGCAAACAUGUGUGCGAGGUAGUCCGUUUGGUACCGUUUAGCUUUUUCAUUCAGCGUGACUUAGACAUAGCAUAUACUGUACUAUGGUGUCCAGCUCACAGUAUGUACAUAGAUAUAUGAAUUAUUAAUUUCACUUAAGUUAAGGAAGUUUGUGUAAAUAUGGUUGUAAAUGAGGCCUCACAUAUUUUUAUAUUUUGUAUGGAUAGAAUCAUUUAUGUAUUAAAUAUCUAUAAUGUAGAGGUAGAGAUGACAAACGUAUGCAUGUUUUAUUUGGCUGACCUGGUCCUGCUUUUGGAAUAAAGGAAUAUUUCAGUUGA